GACGAAAAGUUUCAGAAUGGGACUACUUGUACCUCGAUAUGGAGCUCUUGAAUACGUUGGCUGGGAAACAAACGCUGCAGCUACAACUAUGGCUAUUGAAGAUGCUAAAAAGAUGCAGCUUUUACCAAAUUAUAACCUGAGUGUAACAUGGAGAAAUGGAGCCUGCAAUGCUGGUAGGGCACUUGGAAUGGCUGUUGACAUGAUCACAAAUGACAACAUAGAUACCAUAAUAGGGCCAGCAUGCUCAGAAGCUGCCAUUGUUGUUUGUCACUUGGCCACAUUCUGGAAUUUUCCGGUGUUUUCACAUGGCUCCAGUGAUCCGGAGCUAGCAGAUAAAAAGCUAUUUCAGACGUUGGUUCGUAUUCUCCCGCCGUUCAGUAAGAUGGGAAGAGCAUUUGUUGAAGUUUUCAAGUAUUUUAAAUGGAAUACGGGUGUACUGAUGGCGACGGAAAACAUUGGUCAGUAUUCAUUUAACGACUAUGCUAGUCGUUCAAUCGAACAAGAGUUCAGAAAUGCAGGACUGACUCUGUCAGAUAAUGUGAAAGUUUCUCCGGACAUCACAGAAAACGAGAUUGACACGUAUUUGAAACGAUUCAGUAGGAGAGGAAGAAUUAUCAUGCUGCAAAUGAAUCGAAGAAAUAUCCGUACGGUGAUGGAGCGG